GUGGCGUUGCUUCUCCUGUUCGCGGUCGCCCACGCCAACGACUACCCGCCAAAGGAGCCGCCCGUCGACUGCACCGGCACGCUCGAGGAGGGCGGGCUGGUGCGGGCACUGGCGCUGUGCCUGCUGCAGGGCGGCCUCGCGCUCGGCAUCGCUGGCCUGGGCUUCGUGGGCUGGCUGGCGGCAGGCGCCGUAUGCGGGCCCGUGAUCUACCUCGUACUGCCGAAGGCAGCGCGCCACGGCAUCAGCUCGGCCUUGGGCGCCCUCGUCAGCACGCUGCUCGCGCAGCUGG